GAGAGAGAAAGAGAGAGAGAGAGAGGAGAGGGAAAGCAAAGAGUGCAACGGUCACGGCAUUGGUAGCGGCAGUGGCAGCGGCGGCGGCGCAAGCGCCAGCGCCCAGCGCCAGCGACGGCGGCAUUCCUUGCAAGGCAGAGAUCUCUCGAUUUCUCGGACGAUUGGAGGUGAGCUCGCGAUUCAGUCGGCCACAAUAGCUAGAUUCCUCCAGGUAGUCACCAUAGGGCAAGAGGGCAAUGGGGCGUACAUGCCCGCGUUGCCGCCCAUGGGCUGCAACGAGCUAGCGGAGCUGGAGCUCGAGUCAGUGGCGCUGUCGGCGGCGCACCACCACCACCACCACCACCAACACCACCAACACCACCAGCCGGGGCUGCCCACGGCGGCGGCGGCGGUAGCAGCAGCAGCGGCGGUGAAGCAGCCCAAGCCCAGGAGCGCGGCGCGCAAGCAGCCCAAGAUCGAAGCCCUGGAUUCCUCGUCGCCGCCGGGGCAGCACGACCACACCAAGCUGGGCGUGAGGAGCAAUGCAAAGUUUAAGAAGCCGAUGCUCAACCCCGGCCACGCCUCGGGCUGGCUGGCGAUGAUGGAGACGGACGCGGCGGGGUUUCUCCUCGGCCACCACCAGCAACAGCAGCAGCAAUGCGAGCAGGAGCAAAUCGCGGGUGGCGUCGCGAGCAACAACGCCGCGGCCUCCCCCGCCGCCGCCACCGCCACGAAGGCCGAGAAGUCGGGCAAGAACAGUGGUGGUGCCAAGGCCGAGAGCUCCACCACCCGGAAGUACUACCCGGCUCCGUUCUGCUCGUGCACCGGGACGAACCAGCAGUGCUACAGAUGGGGGAAUGGAGGGUGGCAGUCCGCUUGCUGCACGACCAAGAUCUCCAUGUAUCCGCUGCCCAUGAAUCCCAAGAAGAAAGGCUCGCGAGUGGCGGGGCGGAAGAUGAGCGCCGGGGCGUUCAUGAAGCUCCUGGACAGGCUCACGGCGGAGGGCGUGGACGUGAACUCGUCGGUGGAUCUUCGCCCGCACUGGGCCAAGCACGGCACCAAUCGGUACGUGACGAUUAAGUGAUGGACAAGGCUCUUUCUCGGCUCGAUCAUCUCUUUGGUUCUUCUCUCGUUUCUUUCUUUCUUUCUUUCUGCGUCUAAUAUCACAGGAGAGAGCUUUGAUCGUCGAUCGAGACCACAACUCCACAAACGCACAUCAACCAUGGUAUACAGCGAGAAAUUACAAGGUGUAAUUCUACCGAUGAUGAUGAAGUCUAGAAAACAAAAAAUGUAGCUAUGGAGAUUUUUAAGGGAGGGCGAGAGAGAGUUAUGUACAUUUGUGAAGCAGAUUGAGAGGAGAGGGAAAUUAUUUGCAAGGGGCAACACUACUUGCUUAUAACUGUACAUGGUUUUUCUCUCUAUUAUUUCUCCCUCGCGGAACAUGCUCUGGAAUAUUUUUAGCAUUAUAGCCGUACAGAUAUUUAGGGCUCUUCGGCGCAACAACGCCGUUGCGGAGAUCUUGCGAGGAGCUUUGAAUGCUGGCUAGUGAUCGAUUACCUUUGGAAGGUAUUUGUUAGAGUUGGAUGUGAUAGUAAGGUCACUGAUCGACUGCCCGAAAUGCCGUUGUCGAGAUCUUGCGAGGAGCUUUGUUUAACAAUGAAUGCUGGUUAGCGAUCGAUUGCCUGAAAGGACAUACAAACUGAGAUCUCAUUCACUACCUUAGCUAUCAAGGCAAGUUCCAAUUGUGACUGAUGCACAAUAUCAACAUCGACGAUCUAUCGGACUUGAUGUUGUUGCUCAAGGACGCGAUUUCUUCUGGAUUAAAAACUUCACCAAUCCACGGAUUUAUCUAGCUUCCUCAUUGGACAGUAGAUUUGGAGCACUGCAAAGAUGCAGAUUAUCUCUUUCUUUUCAAAGCUUCGAAGCAUUUCCGCACUUCCAACGAUGCUCUUGGUCCUUAAAGUUCUUGCUCAAUCUUACGACUAUAGCUGGUGUUUUUUUUUCCUUUACGAGCAUCAUCAGCCUUACCAGUCCCGACAAGAAGACAGAACAAUCUGGAAACUACGAAACAAAUCCUGUUCUUGAGUUCUCGCUCAAUCUUACGACGGAACAAUUUGCCUUU